GCGGCCGGGGAUGCGCUCGGCUCGUGCCGUCGCUGCUCGCGCCAUCCGGUCUCCGCAGCCGCCCCUGAGCCAGGCCGAAACCAGCUUCAGACCCCGGUGGGGGGGCCAUGGUGGCCGCCGCGCCCGCUGCAGCCGCGGCCAUGAGGAAGAGCUUCCUGGUGCCCGAGAUCAAGCCCUUGGAUCAGUAUGAUUUCCCUCGGGCGCGCAGCGCUGCCAGCCUGGCUUGGGUGCUCGCUAAGGGCUACGGGGGUGCAGAACACGUCCCUACUGAGCUGCGCGAACCGUUCUAUACAGACCAGUACGAACAGGAGCACAUGAAGCCGCCUCUUAUCCGCCUGUUACUGUCAUCUGAUAUCUACUGCCGUGCCUGGCGUCAGGCCUUACCCCCAGGCCCUGACGGCGCCUCAGCCCCCAAGGAUAAUGCUGCCUUGCUACAACUUUUGGCCCGCCGUGGCUUGGUGCCCACCUUCCAAGACAAGCCUGUCAAGGAGGCAGACUUGCACCACAAGCCAAUCAGGCUGGGUGUUCAUCUGGCCUUGAUUGACUCACUGAUGAUGGCAUUUGCUGUGGAAGCCACCAGCUCUUUAAAUGUUCUUCCAGACACUGAUCCAGCUGCCAGCUCCUGGGACCAGAAGCUGCUUCACUGGAUAAAUAUGGUCAUCCUCAAGAUGCAGCAAAGCACUGAGCAGGAGAGCUCACAACGGUCCACUCCUGGUACAGAUGGCCAGACCCAGGCCUCCGUGAGUGGCCCCAAGAUCCGCUAUCGGAAGGAUAAGGCACUGCCCAAGCAGACUCCCUGUUUCCCUGCCAUCACGGGCCUGAAGGAUCUGGCCAAUGGCGGUGCUAUUGCUGCCACUAUACAUUACUACUGCCCUCAGCUUCUUCGCCUGGAGGACGUGUGCCUGAAGGAGACCAUGUCAGUGGCAGACAGCCUGUAUAACCUGCAGCUGAUCCAAGGCUUCUCUUCGGACUACUUGGGGGGCUGCUGUUUCCUGUCGUUGGAGGACCUUCUGUACAUGCCGCCUGCCCUGAGGGUAAACGUUGGGGUAUUUCUGGCAGAACUGUUCUUGUGCUUUGAGGUGCUCAAGCCAGAAUUUGUGCGCCCCAAGGAGCUGUCCAGUCUCCAAGAUUCCCCUGGAGUGAAUGACUCUUUGACGCCAAACAGUGGGAACAACAACAGCAGCUCUCCCGUGUUCAGUUUCCGCCACCCACUGCUGCCUGGAGGGCAGGCACAGUCCCCACUCUGUGGUUCCUUAGGUUCCCUGCACCACUCUACAUCUAUGUCCCAUGUAGAAGGCUUUGGUAAAUCAUGGAGCAAGAAGCAGCUCAGCCACCCAUUGUCCCAAGCCGUCUCAUUCAGCAUCCCCUUCGGUCUGGACAGCGAUGUGGAUAUUGUGAUGGGCAACCCAGUGGGCCUCCUCCGCUCAGUUAGCUCUGACAGUCUGGCACCUGCCCUGUAUUCCUCUUUGCCACGUUCCCCCCGCCCACGAUCCAGUGAUGUGGCUGAGGCCCCUAAUGGGUUAGUGACGCCGUCGCUUCAUGGAGCAGGGCGCAAGGGUCAAGAGAGCCUGGCUGUGGAGAACGGAGUGUGCGAUGGCUACUCUGACCUGCCCACCAUUGAGGAGGCACUGCAGAUUAUUCACAGUAGUGAGCGGCUGCUCCCCGAGGGGGCACCUGAUGGCUUCUACCUGCACUCUCCAGAGCCACCCAAAGCCUCCGUCCCAGAAAAGGCACCCGUGUCUGCAGUUUACCGCUGCCACAAUGGGCCUCCCAAUGGCGCAGAGCCAGCCCAGGAUGGUAGCCUGGACUCUGAUGCAGAGGAGCCGUCCCGGCCAGCGGGUGGCCCGGAUGAUUCCACCUCAUGCGUGAGCUCGUUAAGCUCGCAGCCUGACAGCACUGCUUCCUCCACUUCUGGUGUGCGCAUGACCAGUUUUGCAGAACGCAAGAAGAAGUUGGCAGCCACAGACAGCAAAUCCAGUGGCAUCAGCUCUGAGGGCUCAGAGGCUGGGCCUGUGCCACCCGAAGAAAGCCCUGCCCAGAGUCCUGCCCUCAGUUCAGAGAUGAGCCAGUUGGGAGCCAGGCUGGAAGAGAAGCGGCGUGCCAUAGAGGCCCAGAAGAAACGCAUUGAAGCCAUCUUUGCCCGGCACCGCCAGCGCUUGGGCAAGAGUGCCUUCCUGCAGCUACAGAAGGCGCCUGAGUCCCAGUCUCAGUCUGAGGAUGGUCGGCUUGGUCUGGAGGAACGGCUUGCCCAACUGGAGGCUGAGGACGAGGCUGGAAGUUCCCGUGCUCGUCUGGAUAACAAGCAGGUGACCUUCUCCCCAGAUAUCACCAAGGGAGCACUCGAUGAAAACCUAGGCGACUACAACCGGGCAGUGGCCAAGCUGAACACUGCUCUGAGUUCGCUGCAACUGGACAUGCAGCGCCUCAGUGAACAGCAGCAGCGCCUCAUGCAGGAGAAGAAACCCAGUGCGCAAGCCUGGGUGAUCCCCGCCCCAAGGACCAGCCGAGAUGGGGCUCCUACACGCUCUUCGCUGGAGCUGUCCUCACCUUCGCCUUCGCCGUCCCCCUCCCGCAAGUCUCGGUCACCUCAGCCCACUCCUAAGAAGUCUCCGGCCCCAGCUCCUCCAAAGAGCCCCAAACACACACGGCCAGUUGAGCUAAAACUGCCACCCCUAACACGUGUUCUGACGCCCCCUCACAAUGUGGACAACCUUCCACACCUUCGCAAGUUCUCACCAAGCCAGGUGCCUAUGCAGACCCGUUCCUCCAUCCACUUUGCCGAGGAUGAGGAGCUGCCCGUGCCGGAAGCAGAAGCCCAGGGCAACUUGAGACCUGUGGCUUCUGUGCCUCCACAAGGGGGCAGUGGCCGUGUCUCAGGUGAUGGCACCAGUGAUGUUUCCUCACCAAGUGACCGGCGGAGUAGCCUGAUUGAAAUCCCUUUGUCGAGCCUGAAGGGGGAGGAUGAAGAUGUGGAUGGUGAUGAUUCGCUGGAGGAAUCCAUUACUGAGGCACUGGAUGCUGAGCCUCGGGCUGGCCUGGGCUUCUUUUUCAAGGAUGAAGAGAAAGCCGAGGAAGAGAUGGCACAGAAGCGUGCCACCCUCCUAGAGAGGCAGCAGAGGCGCAAUGAGGAGGCGCGGCGCAGGAAGCAGUGGCAGGAGGCUGAGAAGGAGCAGAAGAAAGAGGAGGCCAGACUGCAGGCAGAGGAACGUACCCGGCAGGAGGAGGAAGUGGGGCCAAGACGUGGGGACUUCACCCGUCAGGAGUACCUGCGGCGUCAACAGCUCAAGCUGAUGGAGGAUCUGGACAAGGUGUUGCGGCACAAGCCCACUACCGUGCGUGCCCUAAAGAAGGGGAGGCCGAAGACGGUCUUCUGUGAUGACUCUGCCCUUUCACGCAGCCCUGUUAAAGGACUUCUUGGCUCCAAGCUGAGCAAGGUGUACUCCCAGUCUACGCUCUCUCUCUCAACCGUGGCCAAUGACCCUGCUAAUUCACUGUCCAUCAAGAGAUCUUCCAGAGCUGCAUCUCCUUCUGGGCCAAUGUCCCCCAGCCGGUUCUUGCCGAACCAGAACCGGGAUCGUGACUGGGAGAACGCCUCAACUGCUUCCUCACCUGCUUCCAUCCCAGAAUACACUGGGCCCAAGCUAUACAAGGAGCCCAGUGCCAAAUCCAAUAAGUACAUCAUCCACAAUGCACUAUCACAUUGCUGCCUUGCUGGCAAAGUCAACGAGCCCCAGAAAAACCGCAUCCUAGAGGAAGUUGAGAAGAGCAAAGCCAACCACUUCCUCAUCCUCUUCCGUGACUCGAGUUGUCAGUUCCGGGCACUCUACACACUUUCAGGGGAGACAGAAGAGCUUACACGUCUGGCGGGCUACGGGCCUCGCACCAUCACGAUGCCCAUGAUUGAAGGCAUCUACAAGUACAGCUCUGAUCGCAAGCGCUUCACUCAGAUUCCCAGCAAGACCAUGUCCAUGAGUGUUGACGCCUUCACCAUCCAAGGCCACCUCUGGCAGACCAAGAAGCCUGGCACACCCAAGAAGCCAGGCACACCAAAAUAACUAAGACUGAAAAGCUCCGUGUCAACUCUCUGCCUGGACUUUGGGUUGCCAGCUGAGCUAGGGACCUUGCAGGCAGCUUUCUGUAAUAGGUGGCUUGAGUAGGUUGGGGUUGAGAAGUAGGAGUGUGUAUCUAGUCCUGGAUCAAUGCUCACUCUGGAUGGAUCAGAACCAGCUGCUGAAUGGGGCUUUGGGGGUGCUAGUUCUGGUAUCUGCCUUGAGGAGACUGAUACUGGCUUUGUAGGGGAGGGUGGUUGGGGAUAUUCUGGAAACUGCCGAAUCCCAUGAUAAGCUAGAGGCUCAAAGUUGCCAUAGUGACAUUGCCCUACAUCUAGGGCCCUGGGGGUUGGAAUCUGGGCUCUGCAUGCUCCAUCUGCCUCCAACCACCAUCUGAAUGUCAAUCCACAGCUGGAGCAAUGAGGGUCUCUUUUUCCGACUCCUGCUUGCCUGGGGGAUUGGUGCUCAGGCCCUUCCUGGCCAUGUGCUGGGUUUUUCAUUGCCUGGGCAGCCCCUGUUUAUAUUAUACAUACUAUACAUAUAUAUAUAUAUUGGAGCUAUUUAAUGAUUUUUCAAUUAUUUGUAUAUAAAAAAGGAUCAAAUUGCAUUUGGAACAGUGGGAUAAGGUAAAUUUGUAUAUGAGGUUGGCAUGAUGGGGGGAAGAGCAGAGUAUGGGGAGUGAGUGUGUUUGUAUGUUUUUCCCUUUGGGGGGUCUCUUGUUUAAAUGUUUUUCUUCUUGCCAACUUUUUGGUCUACUUCCUUGUUCAUGAGGAUGCUCUGGUGAAGGGGAAAGGGCUAUUUACUUGUAAUAAUUGUUUAGCAGUAAUGGGGGGUAGUGGGGGGAGGCAGGAUAGGAGUAGGGCGUCAGUUUCUUGUUGAGGCAGAACAAGUUUUAGCUGGUCACCUCUGUUAAGUACCAGGAAGCUGGUAGUUGCUCUGGUCACAGAGCCGGCCUCUGUGCAACAUGAACUAAGCUGCCACUAAAAUAGAUUUCUCCUACGUCUCUUCUUUUCACUGACCUGCCCCUCAGAGCUGUAUCCCCAGCCCUGAGCCAUGAGUAGGCAAUGAAUGUAGGAUACACGUUUUCAAGGGCCUGUCAGUCAGGGGAUCACCUAGUGCCACUACACCCCCUCCCACACACCAGUACUGCUUUGGGUAUCUUUCUCCUUCCCAUGUCUGCCUCCUGCUCUUCUGGAGUAGCAGGUGCUCUUACGGUGUAGGAAAGAGAAUCACUGCUGUUCAGCUCAAAGUCCCCAGCCCAGUUGUAUUGUUGCAACUUAUUCCUGGUCUCUUGUGGUUGCCUGUUGCUGACUGAAUGUCAAGUAGGUGUUUUGGGUGGGUACAGUGUAGUGCAGGGUUGGGGGGUUGCUGUAAAAAGCAGCUGGGGACUUUGCCCUGUCUGCUUAAUAAAGUAACUUAAAUGAGCUUUCUGUUGGUCAUUACUUUGGUGAGUUUGGGCUAUAGAGAGAAGACUGUGACUGUACCAUUGUUUAGCAGGCAUACUUGUACCUUCACAAAUGGUUAAUCAUGAACACUGAAUGCACUUGUGGUCAACUGUGUCCACUAAUGAACUGUGGGGUGGGGAGGAAGACAAAAAAAUCUCAAGCCUAUGGAAAAGCUGCAGAAGCGCAGAGUCCAAUAGCUGCAAUUCACAUGUUUUUUCAAUACAACAGGCAAACUGCCAUUUCU